AUGUCGACCCAAUCACUCCACGCACUCUGGGACGCCUCGUCUAGCAACCCCUACAUCACUGCCGUCUCCAAGGACACCCAAUUCUCAGUUGGCUUCUUCCUGCUGCUCGGUGCCAUCAUUCUCUCUGGUUUAUUUGGACUCAACAAUAACCUCAAGAACCUUCCCGUCCUCGCACUACCUGCCUCAUUGGCAUUCGGUUUCGGUGCCGUCUACAUGAUCUGCGCAGUCGGCGUUUAUGUAUAG